AUGACAGAGGAAAAUAUAACAAUAAGCGACAACUCCGAUUUAGAGGAUGGCGGAAAUCCUGAACUUCGUGGAUACUUGAGCAAAUGGACAAAUUACAUUCACGGUUGGCAGGACAGGUUUAUUGUUUUAAAAGAUUCCACAUUAUCAUAUUACAAAAGUGAACUGGAGAGUAAUCUCGGAUGCCGAGGUGCCUUAUGUUUGAAAAAAGCCAAAGUCAAGCCCCAUGAGUUUGAUGACUGCAGAUUUGAUGUGUCAGUUAAUGAUUGCGUCUGGUACCUAAGAGCCACUAACCCAGAGGAAAAACAGCAAUGGAUUGAUGUUUUGGAGUCUUUUAAAGGGCCAGAUUCACAUAUACGAGAGAUUGCAGUUGGUCAGAAAAAACGAAGCACUGAUGUUGAAUCAGGUUACGGCACAAGUUCAGACAGCAGUUCCAAUGGCGGUGGGCUGCGAAGACAUGGUUCGGCGACAUCCUUGCAGUCAACUGGCUCACAUGGAAGGACAUCGAGACGUCUGGCGGAGAAGAUCGCAGAGCUCGACACUUACAACGAGUUGCUAUCGAAGCAGGCGGUGCAGUUACAGCAGUACUUCGACAUGUGCAUCACUGCUUACCCACAGAUCAACGAUGACGUCGACAAUCCGAUCGACGCUGUCAAGCUGGCCGAUGGUAACGACCUGAGUCUCCAUGCCGGGGAAGUGCGUGCAACAAGUGCAUCAUUUCGAGCUACCAGCGGCGCUACACUAACCACGCUACAGCACUGCGCCGAACUACUCCGUCGACGUGAGAAACAGGCGCGACAGGCUGAAGAACUUUAUAUGGCUUUAAAAAAUCAGUUAACAGAAGCAAGAUUGGCUUCAAAACCAGGACCAGAUCAUGAGGAAGGACCUCAUUCUACACUUCCAGACGACGAGUUUUACGAUGCAGUGGAGACAGGAUUCGACAAGAUGGAAGAGGAGCGUUGCGCAAGAGUCGUGCCACCGUCAGUGCACACGCGCGAUCAGGUGGAAUUGCCGCCCCCAGUCAUUGAUAACCGUCUCACAUUGCACCCCCUCUGGCCAGAGAUUGAUAGGAUAUCAACGGAGCAGAUCCAAGCGGCAUUCGAAGGUGUCGGUGGUGAAAUAGGCUGGCAACUAUUCGCUGAGGAAGGGGACAUGAGGAUGUAUAGAAGAGAGAUGGAGGUGGACGGCAUGGUGACAGAUCCUCUGAAGGCAAUGCACAAAGUGCGGGGAGUGACUGCGCGCGAAAUGUGCCAUUACUUCUUCAACCCGCGAUACAGAUACGAGUGGGAAACAACGUUAGAAACUAUGACAAUAGUUGAGGAGAUAUCGUCGGACGCACUGGUAUUCCAUCAAACGUUCAAGCGCAUCUGGCCUGCCUCACAGCGGGAUGCUCUGUUCUGGUCCCACGUGCGUCAGAGUAGCGAAAACGCAUACGCUACUACAAAUCAUUCCACUACAAAUGUUGAAUACCCGGCUAAUACCGGCGCAUGUAUCCGUUUGUUCGUGACCGUGUGCCUGGCGUGCCGCACUACAUACCCUGCUGGCGAGCAGCCUACCAGAGAUAAUGUCACAACCAGCAUUGCUUACUGCAGUACAGUGAAUCCAGGUGGCUGGGCUCCUGCGGGCGUACUCAGAGCCGUCUACAAGCGAGAGUACCCUAAAUUUCUUAAGCGAUUUACCAGCUAUGUGGUAGAACAAUGCAAGGGCAAACCUAUCGCCAUCUAG